AUGGCAGAUGUAAUUAUGUCAAAUCAAAACAAUAAGCAUUGUAAUAAUCAAGGCAUAUACGAUGAAUGCAAGUAUUGCUAUGAUAAAAUUGGGCAAGAUACGCCAAUAUAUGAUGAUUAUAACUUUUCUGCUGGUGAUUAUUCAGAAGAUAUUGAUACAGAUGUAGAAACUCCAACUUCAAUUAUUUCGUCAAAAGCAGUUGAACCAACUCAAUAUAUUAAAAUUCAUCAAAAUUUAACUCCUAUCGAACCUCACGAAAUACUCACCACUCAAAAUCCAAGUGUUAGUAAAAAAAUUAUGCAAGGGAUUAAUUCACAACGACAUUAUUUACCGCAUCAAACAGCAAUUGUCACAUCGUCUAAAUGUCAUCCGCAACCAGCUGACGUCACAGAGAUUUAUCGUCGUCAUUGUAAAAAAAACAAAGUUACAGCGACAAUUACGUCACAACAGCAAACACAACGAUCACCAAUGCUUAUGUUUUCUCAUACACCAACUACUAUCUUAGAUCAAAAUUCACAACCUCAGUAUUGUCAACAACAACCACACUUAGUUUUACGUUGUGUACCAACACGUGCUGAAGAUGAACAACAAAUAUAUGUCACCAACAAUUCAAGAAAUUAUUCAUGUCGUUACUGUGCAACAGAAUUGCUUGCACCAAUACAAAAUCAACAGCAACAAAAACAAUCAACCACCGCAAAACGUUACAUACAACACUGUGUGGCUGUAGACACGGCUGAACCUGUAAUUGAAUACUACGAACAGGAUUUACUUGACGAAUAUAGCGAUGGUAUUGUAUAUGAUGAUAGUCCAUGUGAUUUAGUACCAACAACAAAAUACCAUGAGCAGCACCAGCAACAUCGUAGUCCACCACAUUAUCAGUAUCCUCAUAGUAGUCCACAACUGCAGGAAAUGCGUGAUAUACAAAGAUCAGUGACUACAGUAACUAAUGGUGCUACUGCUGAUGUAAAUCCAAGAAGAAAUGUAAUACAAGCUCCACCAAUGUUAUCAAAUACAGCAACUGUUAAAUCGACAAUACGUGGAUCGUCUCCAAUAAAUGGUGGCAUUAACAAUGGUAUUUGUAAUAGUAAUGAUGCUGUUGAUGGUUAUAUCCUAACAAGACUACAGCAUAACGGUGGAAAUAAUAUCCGACAUCGUUUUAAACCAUCUCGCGAAUAUGCUUCUACACAUGCUCCAAUUCCUGUUAGUGGUAAUAGUAACAACACUGAUCAUAUCCCACCAUCAAUGCGGCCACAUACAACACAGGGUGAUGUUAUACAAACGUCCCAAGUACAUUAUCAUGUGACACCUCACCCACCACAUCGCCAACGACAUCGUACAACUGUACUUGCACCACGAUAUUACAAACGAACAUCAAAUGGUGGUGGAACUGCAUUGUAUAAACCACCGUCAAAGCUAUGUUUACCCGUAUUUAGUCAGCCAGAAUAUCCAAGUUUUAUAGCUGCAGCACAUAAAAAACAUCGCACGCAUAAUACAAGCUCAAGAAAUAACAGAACUUUACAACAGCAACAACAUGUUGGCGAAGCGAUGAAUGAUGCAAGCAAUAAUUCUGAGAGGGUUGAAUAUGAAUCUGCACCACCAUUUUAUACAGCACCGGAUGAUAGUUACAAAGUAAUUCAACAGGAACGAUUUCCGCUCCAUCCCAAAAGAAAAUUAAAAAACAAGUUGUUAACACUUAGAAAUCCAAAACGUGACUCAAACAAUACUCCUUCCUGCGAUAUGGAAGGUUUGUUAGCUCAUUUCGAGAAUUUAUUUGAUAUAAAAGAGAAAGAAUAUGCCGACGAAUUAUCAUCUUCAAAAGAGAAUGUUAAAGACAGAGAUAAAACCAUACCACCAAAUGCAAAAUCUGUUAAGUGUACACCAAGUCAAGCAACUUUGAGAAGAAGCCGGUCUCCUUCUACAACACAUCGACAUCGUAUUCUACUAAACACAAAUAUUGUUAAUAACAAAGAGAAAACUGAAAAUAUUUCACACUUGGUGACUAAUUCGAACACACGUUCUGCAACAACAGAUGUAAAUGUCGAAGUUUCAAAAGAAUCGAAGCCUUCUACAUCUUCAUUCAAAGUGCAUACGGAAGAAGCGUCUUGUAUGAAACAAUUGAAACUGUUGCGUUGGAGUCAUUUAAAGCACAUACAAGAAGAAGUACAACGUUUACAAGAUUUAGAAAGAUUUUUAGAUUCAUGUAAUGCCAGUAAUCCAAAAUAG